GUUCUCUAGUCGGAUAUACUUGAAUUGUUAAAAUAAUAUUUCAUAUUGAUGGUUUUGAAAAUGUACAUCAGAAAGACUAUCGUCUCGGUUCUUAUACUAACAAUAAUUACAGACGUUGCCGGAAGACCGAUGUAUGGAGGAAGUGGUAGUAAAAAUGACAACAAAGGCAAAGAUACAGGAUCUGAGGGCUCUAAUAUAGGCAGAGUGGAAUCCAUUAAUGUUUGGAAUCCUAAUCAGGAGACCGGAAAGGCAAUAGCAACAACCGAAUCGGAGGAAGUUGUGGAGCGACCGAUAGUGUGCAAGACUUGCGGAGAACACAACAAGAUAGAUCAGAGAUUUUGCACCUAUUGUAAGCAGCCAAUCAAAGUAUAUUGGAAAGUACCUGAGAUUGAACCCAAGUGCCAGUAUUGUAAAGCACCUAACAGGAGAGACCAGAAAUGUAAGAGCUAA